UCAUUGCUACAUUGUCAAUACAUUUCCGAAACAUUAAAGAUCUGUAUUUACAAAAAAAGAAAAUAACAAAUACUAAAAAAAUCUUCAAUCAUGGCCGAGGUGCAAAAGAUAAAGGAUGAUCUGUCUCUGGUCUUCAAAAAGAACGAGAAGAAGCGAGCGAUGGAAAUACUUGAUAUAGUCAACAAGUUUCCAUGCUGUCACUGCGGCCACAAGAUUCGAUUGGCUUUGACUGCGCCGGUGGUGCACAAAAUGUUCAAUAAACGGAACGUUCUCAUCGCCCUUGGAGCUGUGCUGGGAGUGAUACCCAUCCUCACAGCGUAUCUGACCAGAAGGUACAACCAUAAUCAAUCCCAUGGCAGCAGUGCUUGUGUGUCGUCAUUUUUCUACACUUUGACGGAUUGCGAAGUGGUCUUUUGAGUGGCGUUUCUGCUUUUAUGUUGGCGUACAUUUAUUUUAUAUAUGCAUUCCGUUUGUCAGAUGGAUAAAUGUUUUAACAUUUUAUUAAAUCGGUAAAAGUUUUGUAGUAAC